UGCGCUGAUUGACACGCGUGGAGGCGCGGACGAAGAACCAAAACACAGGAAAUGUGUGUGUGCUAAACAAUGUACGAGCGAAAUGAACACAUAUUCGAGAUGAUAGACAUGAGUGAUGUGUAAGUGUGUGUUUGUGUGAGAUGAGCAGCUGUAGGAGGUCCGGGACAGAGUCCGGGAGAGAAUUAAAGCGGUUCUGCACACGAGACGAACCGCAGAUGUCUGCGCGUGACUGCAGUCAGCCUCCAGAGGGCAGCAGCGUUCAAGUGUCUGUGAUCAUGCCGGUGUAUAACGCCUCCGACUGGCUGGACGAGUGUCUCCAGUCGAUUCUCCAGCAGGAUUUUCAGGGCCGUAUGGAGCUGUCUGUGUAUGAUGACGGCAGUACGGAUAACUCCAGAGAGAUUAUUGAAAUCUGGAGAGAGAGGUUGGAGGAGAGAGGCGUUUCCUUGGUGAUUUCAGGCCAUAACUCCAUCAGUCCAAAAGGAGUUGGAUUUGCUAAAAACCAGGCAGUGUGUCAGAGCUCCGGACGAUUCCUCUGUUUUCAGGAUGCGGAUGAUGUCAUGAGACCUGAGAGGGUGAGACUACAACAUGAAGCUGCUUUGUUAAACCCAACAGCUAUUGUUGGAUGUAAAGUUUGUCGAGUUCCUGAAGGCUCCACAGAAAGAUACACCAGGUGGAUCAACAGUCUGACACCAGAUCAGCUCAUCACACAGGUCUACACCUCUCACGGGCCGACGGUCGUCAUGCCAACCUGGUUCUGCUCACGCGAUUGGUUCAAGAAAGUUGGCCCGUUUAAUGAAGGAGGAAAGGGCGUUCCGGAAGAUCUGCUGUUCUUCUACGAGAGUCUGCGUCAUGGUGGUGGCGUGGUCAGAGUAGAUGAGUGUUUAUUGGUGUAUCGAUAUCAUGAACAAGCGGCAACACAUUCUGUUCUGGAGGAAACGAUCUGGAGACUCCGCGUGGACUUCCUGCAGGAGCGAGUGCUCAGCCAAUGGGAAUCAUUCACCAUAUGGAACGCUGGGAAGCAGGGACGAAAGCUCUUCCGCAGUUUGAAACCGGCAAAUCAGAAGAAGGUUAAGGCGUUCUGUGACAUCGACGAAAACAAAAUCCAGAAGGGCUUUUACACGUAUGAGGAGUCAAAGGAACGACCUAAACCCAAGAUUCCCGUGCUUCACUUCACAAAAGCAUCUCCUCCGUUUAUAGUGUGUGUGAAACUGGACAUGACUGAUGGAGCGAUGGAGGAGAACCUGCGCUCGCUGCAGCUAACAGAGGGAAAUCAUUAUUACCAUUUCAACUGAAUGUGAUACACAAGCGUGCGUGUGUGCGAGAGAGCGCUGGGAAUCUUUUCGUGCUUCACUUCUCAGAAUAGCAGCCUUGAGAAACCUCUCACAUCACUAUUAGCACCUAGUCUUCAACCCACACACACAGACGUUUGUUUGCAUUCCUGAUGGCCCGUGUGUCGCCCUCUUUUCGGGGUGACCCGUAUCACAGACCUAGAAACGUUUCCCGCGGGCAUGCUCGGCUUUUAUCAGGUUUUAAUGUGCGUUUAAAUUAAAGGAACAGUUUACCCGAAAAUGAAAAUUCAUGUCAUUUUAAACCUGCAUACACAGAAGGAGAUAUUGUGAAGAAUGGCGGUAACCAAACAACCCCUUUGACUAACAUUGUAUGAAAAACCCCUGAGAAGUUCCUCAAAACGUUUUCUUUUGUUUUCACAGAAGAUAUACAGUGAUAUUUUUUUGUGGCAGAUAGAUGAUAACAUGUUUAUUUUUGUCUGAACUGUACCUUUAAGAAAGCAGUUGUAAGUCAGAAGUAGUGUGACUGAAUCACUAAUGAAAGUCAUUUAAAGAAACAAGCAACUUUUUAAAGGAAUUGCUGUAUUGUUUAACAUUAUUAUUGUUUUCUUUUAGAUACUAGUCAUGUAUUAUAGAGACAUUAGUUGUGCGUGUGUAACUAAUGUCAGGUUUAGGUCACGGCAUGCUCUGAUUGGUCAGGAUACUUUUAUCUCUUUUCUUCUCGAUUGUGUGUUUGAGAGAGAGAGAUUGGAAUGUGUGUGUUCCAUUAAAACAUUAUCUGAGGUCAGCGGGCACGUGUGUGUGUGUGUGCGCGCACGCUCAUUCUGUCAUCAGUCUUGACAUGUUCCAGGUGACGAAGCGUGCUGUAGGUGUGUGUGUGUGUUUGUGAAGGGUCAGGUCAGAUGUCAUGACCUAUAAAUAUUUAGGAUGGUGUAGAGAUGGAGGCAGGAGUCAUUGCACCAUUUUAAAGAAACAUGUCUGUGUAGAGAUCACAGAAAUGUCCUGACGCACAUCACACCUCUUAUAUUCUCUUAUAGUGUUACACUUGCAUUACAAAUAUACCACAUUACACAAAUAUUGCCUUACAGCUAUUUUAGUUUUGGUAUAUUAUAAUUGACAUUUUUUAUUCAGCUUGAAAGUUUUAGUUGUAAUAUCUUGUUUGAUGUGUCUUGUAUUGUGUAAGGGCUAGCAUCUGAAAAGUUGUAUAGUGUGUACACAUCAACUGUAUAUUUAAAGUGUAUGUAUUUUUUGUGGCACACAAAAUCUUUUGUUAAGUUAAUGGUGU